AUGGGAUCAAAUCUCAUCGUUUUCAUGGGUAAGGCUGAAAGCGCACCCAUCCAAGAUCUUCCUGCUUUCCGCACUAAGCUUCAAGAAGUAAUAAAAAAUUAUGCACUUAAAGAUGUCUUCAAUUGUGAUGAGACCGGCCUUUUCUUUCGUAUGGCUCCCAACAAGACUCUUGCUCAAGCGCCAGAGAGCGAAUGUAAGAAAGACAGAUCCAGAACUACCGUAAUGUUAAUGUGUAAUGCACUUGGGACAGAGAAACUAAAACCUCUAGUAAUUGGAACUGUUGCUAAACCUCGUUGUUAUAAGAAUGUAGAUAUGGCCUCCCUGCCACACAUAAAUUAUUUUUAUAACAAGAAAGCAUGGAUAACUCGUGAAAUUUUCAAAACCUACAUGCUUAGAUUAAAUGCUAAAUUUGAAGAUGAAAAUCGCAAGAUUCUAUUGUUGAACAAUGCUACUCCUCAUGACAUCGAGGAAUACGAAAGUCAAUUAACACAUAUUAAGGUUCAUUAUCUCCCACCUAAUACAACAUCACAUCUUCAACCUGCUGAUGCUGGUACAAUUGCAAAUUUUAAAGUUAAGUACAAAAGCCGCUUCAUCAAGCAUUUGAUUGAUGAAUAUGAGCGCAAUAGGAGACAUCCACUAUUUAGCGACAAUAAGUUCAAUAUGCGACAAGCUAUUAACACUCUAGUAAAAGUUUGGAAAGAUGUGAAAGCCUCCACCAUUCUCCAUUUCGAGGAUGUUGGGAAUUUAUCACCACUUGUAGCUCAAAUCCCAUCUGAUAACAUCAAAGAGGCGAUUGAUGCUACCACAUAUGUGCAAUUUGAUGCAAUACUUCCGAUCAUUGACACUUUCACUGAUGAAGAAAUUACUGCCCAAGUUAUUGGAGUGGAAGAAGAAGACACUAUGGAGGCAGAUGAAAGUGCUGACGAAGAACCUCAACCUACUGCUACUUGGACUGAGAUAGAAGAUUCAAUUAUUAAGAUCUUAGAUUGA